CUGUACGAUCAUGUUUGUGCUAGAAACUGUGAAAUCAUCGUUGUUAUUAAGGGUCUUAUGACUUUUCGCCUAAAUUUAUCUCUGUAUUACGCAGAAGCGAAAUUGCUGUUAAUUGGCAGCAUCAGGUGUGUAUAUUACGCGCAAUUACCCCGCUGUAUUUAGAUCCGCGGUAAAGUGAUCUCAGCCUCUUAGCUGCAGCGGAAAUGAAUUACCGCUGGAUACAAUGCAGGCGGGGGAAUCGCUGUUAUUAAUCGCUCCACUGAAUGCCACAGCAGAUCGAUGGAUACGCGCAGCGGCGCGCAAGUGUAUACAUGCAUUAUGGCCUUGGGAUAGAAAAAACCGGCCUGCCGCACACACCGUAUGGACCGGGAUAAUUCGAUUAGACAGCUUUUUCCGGGAGAACGUGGUAUAUAGAUGUGUUAUUCUGCGGCUGUGGCGCGCGCACUGAGUCGAUAACGACAAACACUCCUCUGUGUAAAUACCCGUAUGAACCCGGUGCGUCAAUUUGUGAUCAGUUUUUCCCGCGCACGGUUGUCCACUGCACAGUCAUACUUGUACCGCGUAUAACCGGGUUUAAUAGAUAAAUCAAUAUGAAUUGGCUUGAUCGACGGGAAGAUGUCAGCGUACUGUUGUUCCUGUUAACCGCUGCAUGCGUUGAUGGACUGAUUCACACGUGUUGAGAUACUUCGCGGAAACUGGUGCGGGAUUUAUGUCCUGGUGCUGCGUGUUGGAGACUGGAGUGCAGGUUAUUAGCGCAGAUUUGUGGCAGCUCUUUGUCUCGUCGGUGAUUCUGUGUCGACAAUUAAAGAAAAUGCCAAAUGAUGGAUUGGGAGCGCAGCGGAAUGCAUGCAACCAUUUGCCGGCUUUUAUGUGCUAGCUUAUAUGCGAUUAGCCGAUGGUUCUUAUAACACGGCAUUAUGAAGCAAAACGCCGAUAUAAUGGCGGUGGAGAAUAAUAAGAGCGAAUGGGUUUGUAAAAAUAUGGAAUGCUGUGAAUUGUAUUCAUUUGUUAUUGGGAUUUGCCAAAUGAUUGGUGGAGUGUCUAUUGCUGGAAUGGCUGCAACAGCGGCUCUCUGGCUUCCCUAUACGGAAUUCUACGCGGUACACGCGGCGCUCUCUCUCAUUGGCCUUCUCUGCUUCUUCGCCGGCAUCUUCUCCAUCAUCUCCGCCCUGCAUCCGCCAGAUGCGGCCCGCGUACCCCGCAGUGUCCGCUUACAGCUGAUCACCAGCAUCGUCUCCAUCCUGGCUUUACUGGCCACCUUUCUCGGCAUCAUGAUCCACUCCGGCUAUGCGAUCACCUUCCCGGAUUACGUGCUCCCGAUGAUUGACAAGCGGAUGCCGGAAACGGAGGAUCCGCGGAAGCGCUACCUCCGCGACAUCUACAUCGCCCUGACCGUGGUGUGCGUGGUGCUGGCACCGCUCCUGGCCUUGACCGCGGUGUUGGCCGUUGCCAUUGGCUUCAAGAUUGAUGAUGAUGUGUAUGAGCGGAAGAGCGCGGAGGAACGGGAAGAGAUGCGGCUGAUAAAUAAGAAGGGCGGCAUGCAGAGGCUGACGGUGGAGAACUACACCAACGGCGGCCGAUUGUGUCCGGCUGGAAUGGCCCCGGAGAGAUCAUCCAUUUCGGCUUACGAGUCUUUCUGAUCGCUUUCUAUAUUUCUGGUCAAUUGUUUCCAAAUCGUUCUUUGGGUAUCGGAUUAAUUUUCAGUUUAUCGUUGUCGAGUUUCGAGUACCUUUUUUUGACAGAGAACGUCAUAGUUGUUCGACUGAGUGUAAAGUGGAUUCCGCAGAUCAUCUAAGCGGAAGCAAAGUACAGUAUGAGCAUACCUUACGCGACAUUUCCUUCGCUGGUUGCACAAUCGAAGGUAAA